CGGAAUUCCGCGCCGGGAAUCGCGGGGAAUGAAUGUCCGCGUGGGGAUCUCGGGGAAGAAAUGUCCAGGUGGGAUCAGACCGGGAAUAACUGGGAAUGUCCAGGUGGGAUCACGGUGGGAGUGAUGGGAACGUCCAGGUGGGAUCACGGUGGGAAUCACGGGAAUGUCCAGGUGGGAAUCGCUGGGAAUAAAUAUCCAGGUGGGAUCACGGCGGGAAUAAUUGGGAACAUCCAGGUGGAUCACACUGGGAAUCAGGGGAACAUCCAGGUGGGAUCACACUGGGAAUCACGGGAACAUCCAGGUGGGAUCAGACUGGGAAUGAGGGAGAACAUUCAGGUAGGAUCAGACUGGGAAUCACAGGAACAUCCAGGUGGGAUCAGACUGGGAAUCAGGGGAACAUCCAGGUGGGACGAGGAACAUCCAGGUGGGAUCACACAGGGAAUCAGGGGAACAUCCAGGUGGGAUCACACUGGGAAUCACGGGAACAUCCAGGUGGGAUCAGACUGGGAAUCAGGGGAACAUCCAGGUGGGACGAGGAACAUCCAGGUGGGAUCACACUGGGAAUCAGGGGAACAUCCAGGUGGGAUCACACUGGGAAUCAGGGGAACAUCCAGGUGGCAUCACACUGGGAAUCAUGGGAAUAUCCAGGUGGGAUCACACUGGGAAUCAGGGGAACAUCCAGGUGGGAUCACACUGGGAAUCAGGGAGAACAUCCAGGUGGGAUCACAGUGGGAAUCAUGGGACUGUCCAAGUGGGACAGGGAACAUCCAGGUGGGAUCAGACUGGGAAUCACAGGAACAUCUAGGUAGGAUCACACUGGGAAUCAGGGAGAACAUCCAGGUGGGAUCAGACUGGGAAUCACGGGAACAUCCAGGUGGGAUGAGGAACAUCCAGGUGGGAUCAGACUGGGAAUCCACAGGAACAUCCAGGUGGGAUCAGACUGGGAAUCAGGGAAAACAUCCAGGUGGGAUCAGACUGGGAAUCACAGGAACAUCCAGGUGGGAUGAGGAAAACCCAGGUGGGUUCAUGGUGGGAAUCACAGGAACAUCCAGGUGGGAUCAGACUGGGAAUCAUGGGAAUAUCCAGGUGGGAUCAGACUGGGAAUCAUGGGAAUAUCCAGGUAGGAUCACACUGGAAUCAGGGAGAACAUCCAGGUGGGAUCACACUGGAAUUCACAGGAACAUCCAGGUGGGAUCAGUCUGGGAAUCAGAGAGAACAUCCAGGUGGGAUCAGACUGGGAAUCACGGGAACAUCCAGGUGGGAUCACACUGGGAAUCACGGGAACAUCCAGGUGGGAUCAGUCUGGGAAUCAGAGAGAACAUCCAGGUGGGAUCAGACUGGGAAUCAUGGGAAUAUCCAGGUAGGAUCACACUGGAAUCAGGGAGAACAUCCAGGUGGGAUCAGACUGGGAAUCACAGGAACAUCCAGGUGGGAUCAGACUGGGAAUCAGGGGAACAUCCAGGUGGGAUCAGACUGGGAAUCAGGGAGAACAUCCAGGUGGGAUCAGACUGGGAAUCAGGGAGAACAUCCAGGUGGGAUCAGACUGGGAAUCAGGGAGAACAUCCAGGUGGGAUGAGGAACACCCAGGUGGGUUCAUGGUGGGAAUCAGGGGAACAUCCAGGUGGGAUCAGACUGGGAAUCACAGGAACAUCCAGGUGGGAUCACACUGGAAUUCACAGGAACAUCCAGGUGGGAUCACACAGGGAAUCAGGGAGAACAUCCAGGUGAGAUCACACUGGGAAUCAUGGGAAUAUCCAGGUGGGAUCAGACUGGGAAUCAGGGAGAACAUCCAGGUGGGAUCAGACUGGGAAUCACAGGAACAUCCAGGUGGGAUCAGACUGGGAAUCACAGGAACAUCCAGGUGGGAUCACACAGGGAAUCAGGGAGAACAUCCAGGUGGGAUCACACUGGGAAUCAGGGG